GGCCGCGAGGAGAGAACGUUCCUUAAGGGCGGAAGGUUCGCGCAUGCCCCAGCAUUCACUAACAAUUAACAAACAGCGAUGGCUUUGAGUGCGAUAUUAUAUAUGUUAGCACUCCAGUUGUGUUGUUGCUCUGUUUUUCAGACCUUUGUCCUGGCGUUCAAACUUCAGAGCAUUACUGUGAAACAUGAGCCCUGCAGAUCUGGGUAACUUCUUUCUGUAAAGCAGAAAGCAUGAAGCGAGCAUGGAGAUGAAAAUCUACUGGUUUGUGGUCUAUAUUGCAACAAGGAGGAACUGUUCUGCUGCGUGUGACCAAAAAAAAAAAAGGGGGUAGGGCUUGAUUCUAACUUGAUAAUCCUGCUGUAUCGUGCUGUAUACGCAGAGGAAUGUAUUUCUGUUUCUACAAGUGAUAUCUCAACGAGCACAGCAAAGAAAGAAAGAGAAAAGGGAAAAAAAGGGCCAGCAAAAAAAGAAGAAGAAGAAAAAGAAGAUGGAUUAGACUGGCACUGGAUAUUACAGCACAUUGACUGAAGUGGGCAAAAAAGGCAUUCGUUAGCCAUAGAGACAGAGAGCACCAUGGCCUCCAACCAACACAAACCAAAAACCCGCUUGAGCCUCCGCUCAAGCUCGACUGUACGUUAUGGCUCCAUGAGCUCUGAGCAACCAGAUAGGAAUACAUCCUCUGUGCAAACAACCUCCAUUUCUCUGGGACGCUCCUAUAUCGCAGUGGCAGUGCUCUGCUACAUCAAUCUCCUCAACUAUAUGGACCGUUAUACUAUUGCAGGUGUGCUGCUAAGCAUCCAGAAGUACUUCGAAAUCGCUGACAGCACUUCAGGUCUCCUACAGACAGUUUUUAUCUGUAGCUUCAUGUUCUUGGCGCCAGUUUUUGGUUACCUUGGAGAUCGCUAUGACAGGAAGCUUAUCAUGAUCGCUGGGUUGACUGUGUGGAUUGUCACAACACUGGGCAGCUCUUUCGUCAAAAAAUCGGACUUCUGGGUUCUGGUCUUUACGAGGGCCUUGGUUGGGACAGGAGAGGCCAGUUACUCCACCAUAGCUCCUACUAUCAUUGGUGACUUGUUCACUGGCAACCAGAGAACUCUCAUGAUCUCCUUCUUCUAUAUCUUCAUACCGGUCGGAAGUGGUCUAGGAUAUAUUAUGGGAGCAACUGUAGCUAAUGCAACAGGGGAUUGGCGUUGGGCCCUGAGGAUCAGUCCUGCUCUGGGAGGACUGGGUCUGCUGCUCCUGAUGUUUCUGAUUCCUAAUCCUCCUCGUGGAGCCUCGGACACCCAAGGAGGAGCAACAAUGGAAAGCACCUCUUACAUUGAGGACAUCAAGUACCUCCUGAAGAAUCGGAGUUUUGUCUGGUCGUCUCUUGGCGUGACUGCCAUGGCUUUUGUCACUGGGGCUCUGGCCUUCUGGACCCCCACCUUUCUGUCUCGUGCACAGAUUACACAGGGUCUCAGGCCACCUUGCAACGAAGAGCCCUGUAACCCUUUAGACAGUUACAUCUUUGGAGCAAUCACAGUAGUGACAGGGGUUGUGGGAGUGUUUCUGGGCACCUACAUAUCAAAGAAGCUGAGAGUCAGAUUGCCCAAUGCAGAUCCUCUCAUAUGUGCCGUCGGCAUGCUCAGCUCCUCCCCCUGCUUUUUCAUUGCCAUCAUCCUGGCGGCCACCAGCAUCCCGGCCACAUAUACAUUCAUUGCUAUCGGAGAGACUUUGCUGUCCCUCAACUGGGCUAUUCUGGCGGACAUUCUGCUGUAUGUCGUCGUGCCUACUAGAAGAGCGACAGCUGAGGCUUUACAGAUUAUGGUCUGUCAUCUCCUUGGAGAUGCAGGAAGUCCAUACCUUAUUGGUGCGAUCUCAGAUGCUCUAAAAAACUAUAAGCCAGAGUCUCUCAGCUGGAAUUUCCGUAGACUGGAAUAUGGCUUUCUUCUGUGCCCAUUCAUUGGGGUCUUGGGAGGCUUGUUCUUCCUAAUGACAUCUCUGUAUAUCAAAGAGGACAGGAAAGCAGCAGAACUGCUCACUUCAGGACAGGCUCCUGCACAGGCUCCUGCACAGGCUCCUGCGCAGGCUCCUGCACCACCAGAGACAUCCACAGAGUCAGUGUGACCUUUCACACACCAACCCAAGACCUUGGAUGAGCUUUGCUACAUCAAGCAGACACUUGUAAAAGAAUAUGUGAAUGAAUGGAGAUGAGAUAUGGACAGAUUUUAGAAACUUUUAAAAGACAAUGAGCAUAUGUUUUUACAAACAUUGUAACAGAAUACGAGUAACGAACAAGUUUACAUCACAAGAACACUGGACUGGCAUCUUACUAAGAAAACGCAUUAGGCUGCAUUUUUAUGUUUUAAACAUUUCAUUUUUGAAUUAGUCAUGACUCACCUAUGUGUGAGUGACUUAUUGUCUUUCUCGCAUAUUUUCCAUAUGGGAAAUUAAACUGCCUGCUAUGAUUUUUUAGAUAUAUAUUGGUGUCAUUUUUGUCCUGCUUUCUUCUCUCGGCAGCUGUGUGCUACUAAUGAGAGCCUCAGGGGAACAAGGGGAGAGAACAUCCCCUCCUGGACUAAAACUGAAAGCUUGAAAUACUGUAUAUGCCAAAUUAGUCCUUCGUUGUACUUACUGAGACUGGAAAUGUGUAGUAAAUUAAUUGGCCAUAUUAUUAUUUUAUUGUACUUUUUAUUUUUUUGUAUCAUUUGUCUUUUUUUAUUUCUUUUUGUACAAAAAAAAGCUUUUAAAUAAAUGUAUAUGCUUUUA